CUUAACCCGACCCGAAUUCCGACUGUAAUUGCCCCUAAAUUCUCGUUUCUUUCUCCGAAAUGGCCCCUUCCGCUGAUCCCGCAACUUGGGUCCAUGAAUCCUCCAUCAUCAAAGAGGACGAACUUCGAGAGAUCGCCGAAUUUCUGGGCAAAGGCUUCCGGAUCCACCAUCCUGAUGCUGUCGGGGGAAUCCGUUUAUCUCGUAAUCCGGACCCCCAAAAGUAUAUGGUCAUGCACUACCAUUCGGUGGGGAACGGGUUCAGAUUGCCCCUCCAUGUUUUUGAGAAGGUUGAGGCCAAAAUCGACAGGUGGGCCCGCCGCUACUUCGUCAUUGAAUUCCCGGCUCACAGCCCCCUAGAUCUGCCGAGUAUAGUACGCCACAGUUCUCUCUCCCGAACUCCGUUCGCCACCGCGGCCGAAGCGGAAAGAGCGUACAACGCCCUGAGAGAGGAAGGGGGACUGAUUUCACAUCAUUCCCUUCAGGACGCCAGCCGAAACUCCUCUAGGAACCAAGCCCAAGGUGAUGCCACUGCCCUGGCAAUUUGCAAACCAGCUGCCGCCCUGGAUGUUGUUCCCAUUUCUGCCAUUCCUGGGCUAAGGAAGCCUACACCAUCCCAAAAGAGGCCACAGGAAGGGGUAACUGAUAACGACUUCCUUCCCAAAAAGAGUAGGGGUGAUGGUACCCCUGCUUCACCCAGCCCUCUAACUGCUUCUUCUGGUACUCACAACGCCACCCAUGUUGCCGCAUCCGGAGGGCUGGAAUUACCCAACCCAGAUAGCUUGGAUCACGAGGCAAAUAAAUCCCCUGACCAAGCCCCGCUCCAAAGACCAACGGAGCGACCCCAGUCUUCGGUGGAGAACACCUCCCCGCCAAUUGCUGCUGCCUCCCAAGGUUUGAAGAAGGAGGUUGGGGGCAGAAGGAACCGGAAGCUUCCCCAGAGAUGGGGAAAGAGGUUGGAGGACAGCAGGAACCGGAGGAACAGCGUUCCGCCGCAGUACCCCCGACCUUCAAUCUCCCCAUCCGGUGCAAAUUCACGCCACAAACCUAUCCUGUCUUCAAGGAAGGCUGGACAAAUUUCUCUCGUGGCCCAACAAUCACUCCUCACUCUGACUGAGGAGUACCUGGGCGGAGCAUGGGGGAAUUAUCGGGCCAUGGUGGUCCUGAAGGACAAGGAAUUGGCCGCCAAGGCUAUACAACAGAAGGUUGAUUCCCUCGGGCAGCAAGUCCAGGCUCUACAAGAGGAGAAUGCCAGGCUCAAAGCAGACGCCUCAGCGGAACUGAUGGAUGAAAGGUCCAGGGUCAAGUCCUUGCAAGAGCAGAUAGCCACUUACCAAGGGAGUACCCACGACCUGGAAACACAGUUUGACAAACUCUGGGCACAAAUCUCCAGUCUGGAGUCGAAAGUCUCGACCUUGGAAGGCAAAGAGGGGAGUCUGAAAGCCGAACUGGUUGAAAGGGAAUCCCGGAUCUCUGAGUUGGAGAAUUCACUCCAGGGGGCCAAGCAAGAGGGUGCCCACUUUAGUGAGCUCAUGUUGAAACACAUGGGGUUGAAACGGGUUGCCCUCGAGAAGCUAAAGAAGGAGAGAAAGACCACCAAUGAGUUCCGGUCGAAGGUGGGAGAACUGGAGAAGACUAUGGCUUCCCAUCAAGAAGAGGUGGCCGCCCUAACUGCCCGUGCCAAGGCCCUCUACGAAGAAGGGAAAUUUGAUAUGCAAUUCUGCAUCUACAAGGCGAUCCGGAGUGGUCUCCCGGAUCAUCGGUCCUUGGAUGACUUCAUAUCCUAUUACGAUUUGCCUCUUCCUCUUCCUCCCCCAGACUCUCGUGCCAAUCCGGGGCCUUGAUUUUCUUUUUAUCCAACAGUUGUUGUAUUUUUACUUUGUAACAUUUUAUUUGUAGCAACUUGGUAACGCUUGUAGCAUUUUGU